UUAUCUAUAACAUAUUUCGCAAUAUUCUCGUGACUUUUAAAAGAUAUCUGCUAUAAAUUAGCUUUGUCGCCGGCAGAACGAUCAAUAAGACAUCAACAUGUUGGCAGUGGCAGUCGUCUUCGUAUGCAUUGCUCUUUGCAACAGUGCAACAUAUCAGAUUCCUCAUGGUCACGAUCUGAAAGUGUUAGUUGAUAACGGUUUUAGGGCAUAUGAUACAAACGGAGAUGGUCACCUGACAUUUCAAGAGCUUGGUAACAUAUUUUACAAAGAGGAUUUGAAUCACGAUGGAAUUCUUUCUCUGGCUGAAUAUGCGACAUACUUUCAAACAACAGAAGAUGUUCUAGCUCCGAUAUUUAACGUAUGGGAUAAAGAUGGAGACGGCUAUGUAUCAGCAGAUCAUUUGGCAGCCUUUGCACAUUUGUUCGACCCAAAUGGUGAUGGCAUUGUAACGCUACACGAGUACGAACAUUACAUGACAGGGUUCCUUGAGUGUGUUUAUGGUCAUGGUGAACACGGACAUGGACAUAACUGCGAUCACUAGUCGUACCUCAAGAUGUCAUACUGUGUUCUCUGAAAUUGAAUAAAACAAUUUCUUUGA